AUGGAGCCGGACGUCAGCAUCGAAACCAGCUCCAUGAUCCGCGUGGCGGUCCUCCCCAUCGGCCACGUGCCCCCCGUCCUCCUGCGCGACUACCACUCGAUGCUGCUCCGCCACCAGACGAUCCCUCUCUCCGCCAUCAGCUCCUUCUACACUGAGCACCAGAAGUCCCCAUUUUCAAAUCAGCCAUGGGACUCCGGCAGCCUCCGGUUUAAGUUCAUCGUCGGUGGGGCCCCACCGUCCCCAUGGGAGGACUUUCAGUCCAAUCGCAAAACCCUAGCCGUCAUCGGCAUCUGCCACUGCCCCUCGUCGCCCGAUCUCGACUCGGUCAUCGACCAAUUCGACUCGGCUCGCCGCGCCUACGCCUCUGCCCUCGUCGAUCGCUGCUUCGCCUUCUGCCCCGGCGAUUCUCAGUUGGAGGAUGGGAGCAAGAAAGGUGGGAACUUGAUGCUGUUUCCGCCAGCAGAUCGGGCGACGCAAGAGUUUCACUUGCAGACGAUGAUGCAGGACAUAGCGGCGUCGUUGCUGAUGGAGUUUGAGAAAUGGGUGCUGAAAGCUGAGCCUGCAGGGACUAUUGUCAAGACGCCUUUGGAUUCUCAAGCUACUCUCAACUCAGAGGAGGUUAUAAAGGCGAAGAAACGGAGGCUUGGGCGUGCCCAGAAGACAAUGGGUGAUUAUUGCUUGUUGGCAGGGUCACCUGUUGAUGCUAAUGCUCAUUAUACUACUGCACUAGAACUUGCUAGGUUGACUGGAGAUUUUUUCUGGUAUGCUGGUGCAUUGGAGGGAAAUGUCUGUGCCUUACUGAUUGAUCGAAUGGGCGAAAAGGAUUCGGCUGUGGAAGAUGAAGUUAGAUUUCGGUAUAGUAGUGUCAUCUCGCACUACAGGAAGUCAUUUAUACAAGAACAUGCUCAGAGAGUUUCACCCUUAACUUUUGAACUAGAGGCUACUUUGAAAAUGGCAAGGUUUCUUUGCAGACGAGAGCUGGCUAAGGAGGUAGUGGGAUACCUAACAAGUGCAGCAGAUGGUGCUAAGUCUCUUAUUGAUGCCAGUGAUAGACUCGUAUUAUAUGUUGAAAUAGCUCGGUUAUACGGAACUCUUGGUUAUCAGCGAAAAGCUGCUUUUUUCUCGAGGCAGGUAGCUCAGUUAUAUUUGCAACAAGAUAAUAGACUGGCUGCUAUUAGUGCAAUGCAAGUUUUAGCAAUGACCACAAGAGCAUAUCGUGUUCAAAGUAGAGCUUCCAUCGCAGAAGAUUCUCCUUCCAAAAAGGAAGUUGGAUCAAGUCUUGCUGAGGGUGGGAAAAUGCUCCACCAGUCAGUAGUCUCUCUAUUUGAGUCUCAGUGGAGCACACUACAGAUGGUUGUACUCAGAGAAAUUCUUCUAUCUGCCGUCCGUGCAGGAGAUCCUCUUGCUGCCUGGGGGGCAGCUGCAAGACUACUAAGAUCAUAUUAUCCUUUAAUUACACCAGCUGGGCAAAAUGGCCUUGCUAGUGCACUUUCAAAUUCAGCAGAUAGGUUGCCCUCGGGAACUCGCUGUGCUGACCCAGCUUUACCUUUCAUUAGAUUGUAUUCUUUUCCUAUGCAUCCUUCGCAAAUGGACAUUGUAAAGCGCAAUCCAGCAAGAGAAGACUGGUGGGCAGGAGCUGCUAAUACUGGGCCUUUUAUUUAUACGCCAUUCAGCAAGGGAGAUGCAAAUACUAACACCAAACAGGAGCUGAUUUGGAUUGUUGGAGAACCAGUUCAGAUUUUGGUCGAACUGGCAAACCCAUGCGGCUUUGAUUUGAGGGUUGAUAGUAUAUAUCUCUCAGUGCCUUCAGGAAAUUUUGAUGCUUUUCCAGUUACUGUAAACCUUCCACCCAAUUCAUCAAAGGUGGUCACUUUAUCUGGGAUCCCGACUUCGGUGGGGACAGUAACAAUUCCUGGGUGCACUGUCCACUGCUUUGGUGUUAUUACUGAACACCUGUUUAAGGAUGUUGACAAUCUGCUCCUUGGAGCUACACAAGGACUUGUGCUUUCUGACCCAUUCAGAUGCUGUGGGUCUGCGAGGUUGAAAAAUAUAUCUGUUCCAAACAUUUCUGUGGUACCACCAUUACCAUUGCUGGUUUCACGGGUUGUCGGGGGUGACGGUGCAAUCAUUCUACAUGAAGGUGAAAUUCAUGAUUUAUGGAUAAGUCUGGCUAAUGCAGGUACUGUUCCAGUUGAGCAAGCACAUGUAUCACUAUCAGGAAAAAACCAAGAUUCUGUUAUCUCGUUUGCAUCUGAAACUUUAAACUCAGCCCUCCCGUUGAGGCCUGGUGCGGAAGUGACUUUACCUGUGACCUUAAGAGCUUGGCGGCAUGUCUUAGCAGAUGCAGAUACAGCAGGCAGGAGUGGCUCUGGAGGCACUGUGAGGCAUUCUAAGGAUGGAAGUAACCCCACAUUGUUGAUCCAUUAUGCAGGGCCUCUGACAAAUAUUGGAGAUCCUGCCACAAAUAAAUCUGCUGUUCCCCCUGGCAGGCGCCUGGUUGUUCCUUUGCAGAUUUGUGUUUUGCAGGGUUUGUCUUUUGUAAAGGCUCGUCUGCUCUCAAUGGAGAUUCCUGCUCAAGUGGGUGAAAACCUUCCAAAACCAGUUCAUAUAGAAGAUAGCCCUACUGAAGCUCUUAGUUCUCCAACUAAGAUGGACGGAUUGGUGAAGAUUGAUCCUUUCAGAGGAAGUUGGGGACUACGCUUUCUUGAACUUGAGCUGUCUAAUCCCACUGAUGUUGUCUUUGAAAUUACUGUUUCAGUCCAGCUGGAGAACUCUAGUCAUGAUCAUAGACUUUCUGGAGAUCGAGAUGCUGCUGAGUAUGGUUACCCUAAAACAAGAAUUGAUCGAGAUUGCUCCGCAAGGGUACUGAUACCACUGGAGCAUUUUAAAUUACCAGUUCUUGAUGAUUCUUUCUUUGUGAAGGAUAAUCAGGCAGAUGGGGCUAAUAGUGGCAGAAAUUCAAGCUUUUCAGAAAGGAAUACUAAAGCAGAACUUAAUGCUUCUAUCAAGAACCUCAUAUCUAAAAUAAAGGUUAGGUGGCAAUCAGGGCGGAACAGCUCUGGGGAGUUAAAUAUCAAGGAUGCUAUACAGGCAGCCCUUCAGACAUCAGUUAUGGAUGUACUGCUGCCAGACCCAUUGACAUUUUGCUUCAGGCUUUCUAGAUAUGCCCUUGAACCUGAAAAUUCUAGUUCGCACAAUUCACCCAAUGUUCAAGUUCACUCUGCUGCAGCUAAGGGUUCUGUGCUGGCGCAUGAAAUGACUCCGAUGGAAGUCGUGGUUCGUAAUAACACAAAGGAGAAGAUCAAGAUGAGUCUUAGCAUCACAUGCAGAGAUGUUGCUGGAGAGAAUUGCGUAGAGGGUACAAAGGCAACUGUCUUGUGUUCGGGUGUUUUGAGCGGGAUCACCGUGGAGGUUCCUUCGCUUCAAGAAAUCAAGCAUUCUUUCUCUCUGUAUUUUCUUGUCCCAGGAGAGUACACGCUGGUAGCAGCCUCGGUGAUCGAUGAUGCUAAUGAUAUUCUCAGGGCUCGCGCAAGAACUAAAUCCUCUGAUGAGCCGAUUUUCUGCCGUGGGCCGCCAUAUCAUGUUCGUGUUGUUGGGACUGCAUGA